AUGGUCGCAAUUCCAUUUCAUGAGGAGACGCUCUAUAUCUUCGCUUGUGAGUGUGAGACAACAUGUGCUCCUAGCUUCCUCAAGAAGAGGCUUCAGAGGCCUCCGCUCACCACCAAGAUGGUUUGCCGGAUGGAGCGAUUCGUUGCCUCUUCGACGGCCGACCGUGUGGACCGUUUCAUCUGCGGCUUCUUCCUUUUGUCAGUGUACUUCAGGGGCAGGAACUCCGACACGCAACAGAUGCAUGGUGUCUACGAGGACAAACCCACUGUUGACCCGACUGGUCUGGGCGGGUAUCUUCAGGCUGACACAUCUCGCACUAAGACGGCGUACACUCUGUUGCGUCGCACUCAGUUCCUUCCCAUGGUCGCGCCGAGGUUGGGUCUUUCUGGUGAGGAUUGGUUUAGUGCCUGGGUCGGUGUUAGGGGUGAUCUUCAUGUUCCGGCAAGAGAGGGCCUUCCGGUUCUCCCAGCUGUUCUCACGACCGGGCACUGGGCUCGACAUCCACCCAGUGCCUUGGUAGCUGCUCAGUGGCUACGCAACGUCCUCCGAAAGUGCGGCUUCUCCGAAGCACAGUGCGCCCCUCUUGGGACGCACUCCUGCAAAGCCACUUGUUUGUCGUGGUGCGAGGCCUCCUUGGAUGAGGAGGACGACGAGGUCGACCGUUGCGGGCUGGAGGCAGCCCUCGACGAGGUCGUCGAUGAAUGGUCUGAAGGUGUGCUCUGGCCCCUUUCCUAUGAUAUUUCAGAGUCGGUGUGCCUGUGCCCCGAUCAGCUACACUGCAGCUCGUGUUUGCUCUCACGAUGUGAGGACCCCUGUCCAAUUUCACGUGAGGUGGCAGAGAAAGGUGUGCCCAUGUAUGCCCCGAUUCUCCGGUAUUGCAGCUGCGUACGGGCGGUGUGCUCUUGCCCCGCCCGAUAUCUCCGGUGUGAUCCGCUCAAAGAGCGGAGUGCUCGUGGCUCGGUGUGCAGUCGCCCCGACCCCAAUGUUUCUACGGCUCGAGUUGCAAGCAUGAGCAUCACCGAGAGCGCUGCCAACUUUAGUGCACGGGCCUCGAAGCUGGGGCUCGCUGCUGAUGCUCUGCAGCUCCUUGUGGCUGGAGGCGUAAACACUCUUGCCAAGUUUGCGUACGUUUCCAGUUUCAUUCCGGGCCAAGCGGAUGAGACGCCAUUUGUGCUGGCCUUGAAGGAUCUUUUUAAGCGGGAUCCCACAGUCCCUGAGCUCGCUGUGCUUCGGAGGCUCCACUCAGAGUCUUAUGCCUUGGUGGCGGCAGAGCUCAAGUCACAGGUUGAGCGCACAAGCGAUGCACCUGCCCGGUGUCUUGCUGCCCCUGAUAGGGCGGACCGUCUUGCUCGUCAGGUUGCCAAGUACCCGGGACUUUCAAUCUCUGGGCCCAACGAGCCGUCUGACAGAUCCGUAGACAGAUGCUGCCAGAUGUACGAAAACAACCGGCUGACUUAUCUUCCUUUGAGCUGGGUCACCAGCAAGGAUGACGAGGUUCGCAACUCCAAGGAUAAAGAAGACCGAAUGCUUUCUGUGGACGGCUCGGGCAACGUACAUAUCAAGAAGGCCGACGUCAAAGAGGAGGCUGAUCUUAGCACGGAUCUUUUGCUUCGCUUCGCUCUUACGCGGCGCGGCCUCGCGCUCGAGCAGGCCGGAAUCCUUGAUUUCAAAGAGCAUGAGAAAUGGUCGGAGCGUCUUCUGCAUGCCCGCUACCGCGACGUGCCCACAGGGUAUGCCCGCAUCAGUGUCCAGCAGCUACUUCAGGCCGAUAAGCAGUUGUUCGUCACGGCUGCCCAGGAGUGCCGCUCGGGAAUCCAAACCACUGCCGCCGGCAGGCCUCUCGAUGGGGUUUGGAUGGUAUGUGCCGAUAAGUCUGAGGUGGCCCACCUGCUCGCUCCUCUAGCCCAGCCGCCUCCGAAGGCGCCUCGGCUUGAACGACCAGGACCAUAUGCUGGCGCCGGUCGUGGGCGUGGCAAGGGCAAAGGCAAGGGCAAGGGCAAGUUUCACAUGCCCGAGGAUCUGAAAGAUGGACAGCCCAACACGCCCAAGGGGGUGCCAGUCUGUUUCGAUGCGCAGCGUGGCAAGUGCACCCGUCCUCUUGCGGGGAACAAGUGUGUGCGUGGGGCGCACAUCUUCUGUGUUUGCUUCCAGCCGGGGCAUUUUUACCCAGCGUGCCCCAAACGCAAGGAUGCCGCCGAAGGCCUGCCUCCUCUUCAUACUGCCCUUCCUCCCUCUGCGGGCUCCGUCUCUGCUACAGAUGUUGAAGCCCGUUCCGGGGAGCUGCUGGAUGCUGACUGUUGGUUACAAGGUUCCGAUCUCAGUGCCUUGUAUCAUCUCCUUCCCAAGGAGUCUCCCGUGCGUGGUGACCCUGGUUUGGGGUCCUCUUUUUCGACUGGAGCGUUCGCCCGGAUCAAAGUUGGCCUUCGGACGAAUGUUCGGCACUAUCCCAGGUUCACUCGUCUUGCCGCCCGGUAUGUUCGGCAGCAGCUGCCCGAGCAUCCCUUUACAAGCUUGGCAGUGUUCAGUGACGUUGCCACGACACCUCAUCUUGACGCUAGGAACUCUGCAGUUCCUAAUGCUGUUCUUGCCCUGUCUUCCUUUACCGGAGGUGCUGUCUGGGUGGCCAAGGAUGGGGGGCCCGACACAUUUCUUGUUCAGGGCGAGUUGCGUGACGGACUCGAUCUCGAUUUGACAGGACAUCACGCUGUGUUCUCUGCCAAGCGGCUUGUGCAUGCCACGCGUCCUUGGUCCGGACAUCGUCUCGUGCUCGUCGCGUUUACCGUCGAGGCUGCUCCUUUCCUGUCUGCCGCCGAUUGUGCGCUGUUGCGCGAGCUCGAGUUUCAUGUGCCUUCAGCGGCUCAGUUGGCCGAUGCCGCCGCUGCUGAGUUUGUGUGUGAUGCCCAGCUUUCCCGGUGCUUCGCUGAGGUCUGCAACCUGAGUUUGAGCGCUCCCGCAACGUGGGAUUUUCUACAUUCUGUUCUUCUUCAGCAUCCGGUUGUCUUCGUUUUUGUUUCGCUGCCGUUCGGCACUUGUGGCCGCGAUUUCCGCGACGCUGCACAUUUGGCCGGCUUACCCGGCCUGUCCCCCGAGGCCCAACAGAAACUUGAGUCGGCCGAUUUUGUGUAUCGUGCAGUGACGCGCCUUUUGCUCCAGGUGCACGACAUGGGCAUCAUGUGGGCGGCUGAGGCCCCCUCUGCGUCUUUGGUGUGGCCGCUGCGGGUGCCGCUCAUGGCUGCCGCCACCCGCGCCCCUUUGUGUGUGCAGCUGGUGCACCUGCUUUGCAGUUCCUUGGACAUCCCUCUUCCUGCGUUGGAUCAGUCUCAGCCGCCUCCUGCCCAGGUUGCGGUUGGCCGUCAGCCCCGCGGGCGCAAGGUUCCCCCCGUGGUUCCUGAGUUUGCGCGUGUUGUCUCCUACACGGUUCCCGCUCUACCGGCCACUGACCACAAGCGCCGGCUGCUGCGUGCGGUGCUUGAUGCCCCUGCGGGCUCCAAGCUUCUUUCCUCCACUAGGAUAGGGGGUGCAAGUGGGGAUUUAGUUCCUGUGGAGGACCUGGAGUCGCCUACUUUCCGCAUUCUUGUGGGCGUUUAUCACUCCAAGCAGGAGUUCUGCCGCCUGGCUUUGUCAGCUCCUCACCCGUUUGACUCCAUGGAUAUCAUUCCCGACAUCCUGAAGACGAGGCUCUUUGAAGCAGCUGAGCGGGGGCCUGACUGGGUGCGGCUGCGGCGCACCGCUGUACUCAAAGAGUGGUUGAGCCUCGCCGCUUCGUUGGAGGAUGAAGAGCGCAGACUUCAGAAGUCCUUGGAUCCUGGGGUUAAAGGUGUACUUAAGGGCAAACGCACAUUACUACUCGAGGCCUUGGCGGCCCGAGUCGGCUGGCCUGACCAAGGGGUUUUUGAGUCGCUUCGUUCGGGGUUUGAGCUUGUUGGCAGCUUAGAGCACACGGGGGUCUUCGCCAAGGAUCUCCGUCCAGGCUCUGAUUCUGUGGGGUCUUUCGUCGACUCUUUCAAGUUCCUCAAGCCAGCACUCUUGGGCAAAGUUGCUUCUUCGAGGUGUGGCGCUCUGGAGAGAGAGGUAUGGGACAAGACUCUUGAGGAAGUUCAGGAGGGCUUCCUCUCCGGCCCUUUUCGUGAGGAGGAGGUUGACUCCAUGCUAGGGCCCGCGUGGGUCCCGGUGCGCCGUUUUGGGGUUGAGCAGAGCUCCGCCGGCAAGAGGAAGGUUCGUCCUGUUGAUGACUACAGUGAGAAUCGUGUGAACUCUGCAUUCUCCUACUGCGAUCGCAUUGACCUUCGGGCCUUGGAUGAGCUUGUGGCAUCUUGCAGGCUCUGGACGAGGUUCAUGCUUGGGGGUGGUCCCCUCGAGGUUGCCCUUUCUGAUGGCACUAUUUUGAGAGGCCGUCUCCAUCCCAGCUGGUCCUCGUCUCGGGCGUGGCAGCCCUUGGUGGCGACUCUUGAUCUGCGUUCCGCAUACAAGCAGGUCCCCCUUGCCCCAUCCAACCGGGCGUUCUCAGUCGUCUCCUUGAAGGACCCCGAGUCCUCGCUGGUUUCGUUGUUCGUGGGACGGUCGCUCCCUUUCGGCAGUACCUCCAGCGUAAUCAAUUUCAACCGCCUUUCUCGGCUUCUUUGGCGUUUGGGGAAUUUCCUUUUCUGGUCCAACUAUUACGACGACUAUCCCGUGGUCACCCCGGCUGCCCUAGCCGAUUCUACCCGGGACACUAUGCUCACCUUCAUGCGCCUUGUUAAGUUUGACACAGCUGAGGAGAAGCUCAACCCUUUCAGCCCCUCGGCCUCUGUGCUGGGCAUUGAGAUUGACUGCUCGGCUUCGCCUGAGGGUUGGGUUGACGUUCGGAAUAAGGACGGUAGGGCUGGUGAGGUUUGUGUGGGGCUUGAGCUUCUCCUACAGGAGGGUUUCCUUCUUCGCCGGGACUUGCCGCGCAUACUUGGUCGCAUCCAAUUUGCAGACGCCCAGGUUUUGGGGAAGGCCGGGAGACAUGCUAUGAAAGAGAUCAGGAACUGGUCCUCUUCGCACUCUGCAGAUGUGUUGCGUCUUGAUGAUGUUGCAAAGCGUUCCUUUCGAGUCUUGCUGGACAGGUUCCGAGCGUCGCGCCCUGUACGAGUUCCGUGUUCCGUGGCUCCUGAAGUUAUGCAUGUGUUCACUGACGGAUCCAGUGAGGGCCGUAAUCACUUCAUUGGGGGUAUACUCUUCUCGAGCCUUUCGGGGCCUACCAGGUUCUUCGCGUGCGAGGUGCCCGCUACCCUGGCGGAGCGCUGGCAGUCCGACAUGAUGCACAUCAUAGGGCCCGUUGAGACCUAUGCAGUUGCUGUUGCCCGUUGCGUUUGGGAAAUCGCUUUAAAGGGUUGCCGGUGUGUCUACUACAUCGACAACUACGGCGCACUUGACGCUUUUAUCAAGGGAUUUUCGAGCAAUGCCUACAUGUCCGACAUUCUGCUGUCAUUUGAACAGCGUGAGCUCUCCGGCCCGUCAUGGCCGUGGUUCACCCGUGUGCCUUCCGAGAGUAACUGUGCGGACGACCCUUCGCGUGCGCAGUUCUCCCAUCUUGUUAGUCUUGGGGUCCUUAGGGAUAAGGGUUCGUGCCCCGUGCUUGGCUGCGAGUUGGGCGACCUUUCGCCAGCCUUGUCAAAAGUGGGGGAGGCGAUGCCGGCUCAGUUCGCCCCCGUCACAAAAAGAUAUGCUUGA